AUGGUUCGACCUGAUAGGAAGGACUGGAGUGUGAGACUUGAAGAUGCCUUGUGGGCAUAUAGAACGGCGUACAAGACACCAAUCGGCAUGUCCCCUUACCGUUUGGUAUUUGGGAAGCCAUGCCACCUCCCUGUCGAGUUCGAGCAUAGAGCAUUUUGGGCGGUCAAACAAUGCAACAUGGAUAUCGAAGAGGGCGGAAUUCAAAGGAAGCUACAGUUACAAGAAUUGGAGGAGAUUCGCAAUGAAGCCUAUGAGAAUGCAGUAAUCUAUAAGGAGAGGAGUAAGAUUUUUCAUGACCAACAGAUCUCAAGGAAGACAUUCGAGUGUGGGCAAAAAGUUCUACUGUACCACUCCAAAUUGAAGUUUUUUCCAGUCGAGAUCCAAAAUUUGAAAACUGAGAAGAAAUUUGUAGUGAAUGGGCACCGUCUCAAGCCAUAUUAUGAAGGUUUUCCAAUUGAGCGGGUGGAGAUGAUGCACUUAGAGGACUCGAUUUGCUUAGUUUAA